UACCCACUGUUCAUUUUUCAGUUAGACUGAAGAUGGCUGCAGGCAAAGCACAGAUUGGAAAGCUGGCCCCCGACUUCACAGCUAAGGCGGUGAUGCCAGACGGACAGUUCAACGAUCUGAAGCUUUCCGACUACAGAGGGAAAUAUGUUGUCUUUUUCUUCUAUCCUCUGGACUUCACCUUUGUUUGUCCGACGGAGAUCAUCGCUUUCAGCGAUGCUGCCGACGACUUCAGGAAGAUCGACUGUGAGGUCAUCGGCGCCUCUGUUGAUUCUCACUUCUCCCAUUUUGCAUGGAUCAACACACCACGAAAGCAGGGCGGUCUGGGUCCCAUGAAGAUUCCCCUGGUGUCCGACAUACGGCGCAACAUCUCCACAGAUUACGGUGUCCUGAAGGAGGAUGAGGGCAUCGCCUACAGGGGUCUGUUCAUCAUUGACGACAAGGGCAUCCUGAGACAGAUCACCAUCAACGACCUCCCGGUUGGACGCUCCGUUGAAGAGACCAUGCGUUUGAUUCAAGCCUUUCAGUUCACUGACAAACACGGAGAAGUCUGCCCAGCCGGCUGGAAACCAGGAAGUGACACCAUCAAACCUGACGUCCACAAGAGCAAAGACUUCUUCUCCAAGCAGUGAUGAACCCAAACCCAGAGUCUGCGGCCUGCUGUAGAGAUUUCAUUUACAGAAUACAUUUCCAGAGAACAAUGUUUCAGUCAGCCGCUGUGCCUGUGGAGGAGUAGUAGGAACAUGCUGUGUGUUCAGUCGUCUGUAGAGUGAAUAGUGCACCGAUGACCAACGUAUAUCAUUGUGUAAUUAUGUUGUAGUGAUGUCAUGCUGAGCUAAAUGUCUGUUUGUACUAUUUGAAUGUCAUUCCUUAUUAUUGUUAACAGCAAAGAACCAUAGAAACAGUUUUAUUGGAAUGAAGCUACAUCUCUAAAUUAUGUUGUGCUUAAGUUUUUUUAAAUUUUUACAGUAAACCACAUGUUCUUUCAUCGAAAUAGAGAAGUUAAUAACAUUGUUAUUGUUAUUGUAGAGGAACAUAUUUACUUAAAACAUCACAAGGGAAAUGUUAGGAUGUAUUUGAUGGUGUUAGCGGUAUUUAAAAAGGCAGGUGAUUUAUUUUUAGUUUGUGUGUUCAUGUUCACAGCAUUAGAUUUAAGGUAUAUGAUUCCUUUAUAUUUAUCAAAACUAUUACAAGUUUAAAAUACAUUAGUUUUCCUUAACAGUGAACCAGAGGCAUUGUUCCCCCUGGGGAUGAAUAAAGUACAUCCAUCUAUCUAAA